AUGAAGCUCGUGCUGUGCUUCUGCAUCUGCGUCGUUCUCGUCACCGCCUCAUCGCCAGUCCAGCUCUCGGAUAGCAGCCCGCCGCUGGGGCGACGCUGGCUGCGAGACGAAGUUAUCAUUGCCAACGGCCCAGAAGGGAACACGACGACCUCUGCCUCUGUGUGGUCGGAGGAGGCGCCGGGGAUACCGUACGACGGGUCGAAGAGGCUCAGCCCCGGUGGUCCCAACCCGCAGCAUCACUAA